AUGUCUAAUUUGGAAAAUGAGUCCAAGGGGGACUCAAUCAAUAAAUUAGAAAACCAACAGACCAAUUCAUCAUCUUCGGGGCCAUCCAUUCACGAAUUUUCUGGAUUUGAUGCACAUAGAGUCCAAAAAAUAGCAAGAACAUACACUAAUGAAGACUCCAAUUCAGCAACAAAGUUGAGAAAGUAUUUGACUCACAUGUCGCAAGUGCCUGGUGUGAGUCCAUUAGAAGAAGAGGAAGGGGAUGAAAGACUAGAUCCAAAUUCAGACAGCUUUGAUUCCAAGUUUUGGGUCAAAAACCAAAAAAAAUUGUUUGAAAAGCAUCCUGACUAUUACAAACCUUCGAAAUUGGGUGUCGCUUAUCGAGACUUGAGAGCUUAUGGUACAGCA